UGUAACUGUGUUCCCAAAGGGGGAUCGCCUGCGGAAGAACAUUUAAAAGCGAGUGAGUGUUGAACGGCCUCUUUAGAGACUCAUCAAUCAACAUGAUCCCCAUUGUGUUGGCCUCAGUUCUCAUUGCUGCUGCCCUGGGGUGCGGCACCCCAACCGUUGAGCCGCAGACUUCCCGUGUGGUCAACGGCGAAGAUGCCAGGCUUCACAGCUGGCCCUGGCAGAUUUCGCUUCAGUACGAGAGGGAUGGAGAGUGGAGGCACACUUGUGGGGGAUCCCUGAUUGCUGACAACUGGGUCAUGACUGCCGCUCAUUGCAUCAACAAGAAGCUCUCCUACAGGGUGUUUGUGGGCAAACACAACCUGGUGGAGGAGGAGGUCGGCUCCAAGGCCAUCCUGCCUGAGAAGAUCAUUGUGCAUGAGAAAUGGAAUCCCAUCUUCGUGGCUUUUGGAAACGACAUCGCCAUGAUCAAACUGUCUGAGCCGGUGACUUUGAGUGACCAGGUUCAGCUGGCAUGCAUCCCCCCUGCUGACACCCUGCUGACCAAUCUCUACCCCUGCUUCAUCACUGGAUGGGGUAGACUGUACACCGGAGGCCCCAUUGCUGAUAAGCUGCAGCAGGCUUUGAUGCCGGUGGCUGACCACCCCACUUGCUCGCAGCCUGACUGGUGGGGCAUCGCUGUCAGGACCACCAUGGUGUGUGCCGGUGGGGAUGGAAUCGUGGCUGGAUGUAAUGGAGACUCAGGCGGCCCUCUGAACUGUAGGAACAUGGAGGGUGCUUGGGAGGUGCAUGGUAUCGCCAGCUUCGUCUCCGGCCUGGGCUGCAACUACAAGAAGAAGCCCACAGUCUUCACCCGCGUGUCCGCCUUCAAUGACUGGAUUGAUCAGGUUAUGAUGAACAACUAAAGAUAAUGAAGUUUCAAUAAAACUACCCAACUCUC